AUGGAACAAAAUGGAUGCAGCUUGUUAAUAAAAAAUUUAAGCUUCGACACCAGUCCAGAAAAAAUCAGAAGAAUCUUCCAAAGCUUUGGAAAAGUACGAGAUGUGUAUCUACCCCUAGACCAUUACACAAGGAGACCAAGAGGCUUCGGUUUCGUGGAAUAUUUUGAACCCCAGUAUGCAAAAGAAGCCUUGACUAAUUUAAACCAUUCAAAGAUAGACGGUAAUGAAGUGAAAAUAAUCAUUGCUCAGAACAGGAGGAAGUCGCCAGAGACGAUGAAGAGGUACCAACAAAGUGCACGUAAGGGUAGUAGGUGGUCGUACAAGGGGCAUCCUCCUUAUCGGAGUAACAGUAGAAGCAAAAUCAUUCACAGAAGAAGAGAUACAUCCAGUGAAGAAGAAGAGGAAGGGAGAGGCAAAUGUUACCAAAGUAAGAGUCGUAUAAUGCAUAAAAUGAGCAAAAAGGGAAAAAGAUUGAAGGGGAAAAAAGUGGCUCGCAAAUAUUAUCGACCUCGUAAAAAGUAUUCGGAAAGCGCUUCUACCUACAGCGCGUCUUCUUCGUACCGUUCGUCCUACAGCAGGGGAAGUAAUCGUCGGAGCAAUCGAAGACGACGACCUCGUCGACGAAGUCGAAGUCAAAGCUGGAAUCGAGGAGCUGUAAGAAGUACGAGCAGAACCACCAGUUACAGCACCAGUUAUAGCGCCAGCAGCUACGAAAGCGACAAAGGGAGAAGAAGAACAACCAAAAGGAAAAACCCAACACGGAGACAAAGGAAAGGCGAAAAAGAAGCAACCAGCGAAGGCAUGAAGAGGCAGAGCAGCGAGACCUUCAGCAGAAGCGCCAGUCUGAGUAACAGCGAAGGAGCAGACAGAGACGGAGACCCUGUGGCAAGGGACCCUGAAAAAGGCAUCGAAAGACGAAGCGGAAAAGACCCCUCAAAAGACACUGAUAAGCACACCUGUAAAGACAUGGGCGGACGAAUCUGUGAAAACUUUCCUUCUCCCAACGGAAUGAGCCAGGAAGCCAAUAAAGUCUCGCAGAACUGCUCGUCGAAGAGUAGAAGCUACUCCACCGAGCAGGAAAACCAACCUGGGGAACAGACUCACCACGACGAUGGAGAGUCACUCAAACGUGAUGACAGAGUAGAGACAAUUAAAGCGAAGAAAAGAACAAAGUCAAAUAAUAAUUCCAGUGAAGACACAACCACCUGCAGGGACCCAGACGGAGAAAGCAACUCAAAGGAGGAGUCACCACAACUGAGUUAUCAGGGGAGUCCAACAGAUGGACAGAAUAAACAACCAUACUUCCUGGACCACUUGGAAGAGAAGAGAGAAAAAAAAGAAAAAAGAACAAAAAAAAAUGCGAAGUCUGUAAGUACUAGUAGCUCCAGUAAUGUAAACUGUGAAGGAGUAACUCACGAGGAAGCAAGUGACAAAACGUAUGCAGAAAGAGUGUUGCCACCUGCAAAGAAGUUACACCGAAAAGGCAACAGCAACAACGGCAGUAGUAGUAAUAAAAGGAGCGGUUCUUCGCAAGGGACAGAGGAGGAAAGCUCCUCCUCCCGCUUCGGGACAAAAAGAAAACGUACAUGUCUAUCAACCACGGCAAGUAACACAAACAGCACACAGAUGAUGAACCAUCUCCAAAGUGGUGAAGCAGAAAAUGGUAACACAGUGGACACAAAGAACAAAUCCAGCAGUAGUGCCAUCGAGAAGGAGAAUAAAUUCCAUUUAAAGGAGGACUUGGAAUUGUGUUACCUCAGCGGAUGUGAUAAUGCAAAGGCGGGAGACAACUUCAACUCUGGGGAAGAUUGCAUUGGCGGUAAUGCCAACUCGUCCAGCAGCACUAGCAGCACCUACAGAGGAAGGAGAAAGAAACACAAGCAAAGACAUCUACACGAAGGAAAGAGAAAAGAAAUAAUUAAUAAAAGUUUUUCAACUGAUAGCUCCACCAUGGGAGAGAAGAAAAGCGUUCGCAGAAGAUCGAAGGGGGGGAAAAGCGGGAAAACUGAGAAUGCACACAGAAUAAUGAUGAAAAAUGGACGAAGAAACAGAGGCAGAAUAAUCUUAAGCAAAAGUGGCAGUAGAGGUGGAUCCAGUGGAGGGGGAAAAAUCACGUUGGGGAAAAGUAACACCCCCUGCAGCAGUAGUGAUGGUGAUAGAGGUAGUCCCGUUGGAGGGGAGAAGAAGAGGGGGAACACGCACCCUGAGAGUGUGGCAUCGUACAAAAGUAGAACUACCUGUGACGAUGAGAACGAACGGUCAGGUGGAAAAAAGGGCGUCGCGAAGAGGAAAAGGAGUAUCAGCCGUAGCGGCAGUGAUGAAGGAAGAGAUGAAGAAUGUGAUGGUUGCGGCACACGGCGGUCAAAACGGGUUCGCAUGUCCGAAGAGGCAGAAGAAUCCCCCCGCGAAAAGCGCAGGCGCCAAGGGAAGAAGACUCGAACGUGUAGCAACUCGAUUGAUAAAAGGAAACGGACGAAAAGGGAGAAGCUACAGAGGGAGAGUGUGAAAAAAAAAUCCAAAAGAAGCAAGUCCAAAAAGGAGAAAUUCACAAAAGUGAAGUCCAAGAAGACGAAAUUCAAAAAAACCAAGUCGCCAAAAAAAUCGUAUGACAGCUCGACGUACAGCCAAAGCAGGAGAAGUAGGUCCUCUUCGGGAUCGUCCUUCGAGAGUAGUAGCUCUCACGGCGGGUCGUCUAAGAUGGAAAAAAAUAUGAAGCACUUUUCUGCGAAAGGUUCCAAGGGGAAGGUACACAAACGAGACGUGCGAAGGCGGAGGGCAAGAAGGAUAGACAGCAACACGUCUGAUGAUAGCUCCUCUGUCAGCUGUAAUGACCACCCAGUGGUUAGAAGCAAACGUUAA